UGAGCAUAUCGAAUUCUAGUGUUUAUCAUUGAAGCCGUUGCCAAUGCCCUGGAAGAUUUGCAGCUCUCAAACAUCUCUCGAACAUCUGCUCUUGCUGGUCAGCAUCUGCCUGAUAUCACAAAAAGCUCCUCAGCCGGCAAUCAAGGACCGCGACCUUCACAUACCAGAUUCACUCAUCUCUUCUCUCCAUUACAGUUCCUCCUUACUUUACUUCUAUUAUUGAUCCCUUAUAUCGAUGAUGAAAAAGCCCCAACAGACCAACAUGUCAAAGGCCAUUGUGGCGGCCCUAUUAGUAUCCCAAAUUUCCCUCUCAUGUGCAAAGCUAACAAGUACACCAGUUGCUUACCUUGGACUAGGAGAUGGCGUAGGAAUUCCGGUAAUAGACGCGUACGAUUUGGAAGUGAACGAUGCGGGAGUGUGGAAUGUUGAUGUCGGCGGCGACUACCAAUGGUCUAAACCCUAUACGUUGCACAGUCAAGCGCAAAGGAGAGGGCUUCAACCGUUGGAAUCCAAGGCACUAUCGCCCCAGUAUUCCAUCGAUUAUGAGACUACAGGGACCUGUUCAAGCGACAUCACCGUGAUGGACGCAGACACAGGAGAAGUCAUCGUUAAACCACGAACUCUCAACGUUGGACUGUGGGGGAUAGAACAGGACAGAAGGAUCGUAUUUGGAUUGCGGACGUAUGCAACACUUGGUGUUGCGAUCAAUUGUGGUCAGGUAUCGUGGUCUAUCACCACUUACAUGGCUCAUUAUACGUUGGGUGCAACCACUUCGGACGAGUCCAAAAGAAGAGCCCGGACACACCGUCCGCCAUUGAUUGCUAUCAGGUCUGGGUUCUAUUAAAUGGGCUGACAGGUCAGAAGCAUUCAUUAAACUUUUGUAUAGUAUAGUUCAUGCUUUUAUAUCGGAGUUCGGGGAGAUGAUAUAUCAGGGCGACCUCUGCCAGUGGCGUUCUUGUAAGGCGUCUCAUCCACCAAUCAUAUCAUGUGAACCCC